AUGCGCGACAGGCCGACAGCUUCCCUCUCCAAAUCCCAGAUCGAAGCCUUCCUUAGUUCCGCCAAAUCCCACCGCCGAACAGAGGAGAACCCCACCGCCGGUGCACGACCCAGCCUCCAGCCCUCCACCCAGCAGCGUUUGCUGGAGUCACUUCUGACCACGCCACCUGCGACCUCGCCGCCUCCAGUCCACCCAGCAGCGUUUCUGGAGCCACCCCCAACCUCGCCACGUCCGACCUCACCGCCUCAGUCCACCCAUCAGCGUUUCUGGAGCCCACCCACGACCUCGCCACGUCCGACCUCGCCGCCUCAAGUCCACCCAGCAGCGGCUCUGGAGCCCACCCACCCAGCCACCGAUUGUUCGAUUCAAGUUCAUAUGGAGCCCGAGCCAUCUAUUCAGUUAUUCAGUGCUGGUUCUGUGCUUAAUGAUUUAAACUUCAGCUGCUUGUUUAUUGCUGGUUCUGUGCUUGUUUAUUGUUGA